AUGGAGUACGCCGCACUCCAGCAAGCCCUGCAGUGUCUCGACUCUCAGAGCCACCUGCUCGUUGCCGCGCAUCACCGCCUGCUCGAGCAUUCGCGAGUGGUUGCUCGCUGUGUGGACGACGAGGCAAACCUGCUCAACUCGCUCGCCGCCUCCGCUCCAGUCCCGUCUGCGCCUGCACCGACGUCCAGUGGGCAAGCAUCUCGCGCCUCCCAGUCUCAUCCGUCUGCCCAGCACAUGUUCUCGCGAGCACCACGCACGCACCGUCGCGCUGGAGCCAGCAGCACAAACGCCUUCGUGUCGAACAGCGACGACGAGACUGGCGGGACAUCAGCCAGCCAGGAUCGCAGCCUUUCUGGCGCACUCGGCCGAGGGUCAUCCAGAGGCCGAGGCCGAGGCCGGGCGGCGCCAGUUGCAGCCUCCCGUUUGCAAGUUGGCAACGUGGUCUCGACGGCCGAGAUUGAUGUACUGUUUGGCUUUGGAAGCGCCGCUGGUCGGUCGUCUCGAGGGCGAGGCGCCCCUGCUGCUCGCGUCGGUGGCGGUGGUGCGACCGCGGCCGCGGCUUCCGUAUCUCCCGCUGCUGUAGAACCUUCAAAUCAAGACAUUGUCGACAUGUUGCACGACCUGGCCCAGCAGGCCUCGGAGCGCGGCACGAAAAACAUGUACUCCUAUCGCAAGGCGACGACGAGUGUCUGCAGGUACCCGCUGCCCAUUCGCUCCGGAAACGAGGCCAUGUUGUUGGAGCAUAUCGGGGCUACGAUUGCGCGGCAAAUUAGUAGUUUCAUUGCUGCUCGGCCUCGAGCUUCGGCCGUGCCACUCGUUCGCGGUUCAUCCGCCGCCGCCGCCGCCGCUUCCUCAGGCUUUCCAACACCUGCGUCAUUGCAAGGCGCAGCUGUAAGGCCGUCGCUGCCCACCAUGUUCCAGAGUUUAUCUUCAUCAGCUGUCUCGUCUCGCCCCGUCGCAGCUCCACCACCCAUCAAACGGGUACAGCUGCAACUCCCGCCACCAGCGAAUCCACCAGGCCAGGAGUCUGCCGUGUCCAUCUCUCCGUCAUCACGUCGACUCCUCAAGGGGCCCGAGACGUUGCCACCGUCGUACCUGACGAUGCUGUCCAACAUGAACAAGAGUGCAUCGGCUGCGGCAGCUCCUCCGCCUCUCGCAUCUCCUCCAGUUCUCCUGCAAGCUGCUUCCGCCCUAUCAAUCGCAUCUACUUCCACCAACAACAGCAGUACCGCGACGGCCAGUCGGGCAGCAACCGCCGACCCUUCCCCAGGCGAUCUCGAAGACCUGUUCGCGCCAACCCCACGACUCAGCCAGAAGCGAUCCCUUUCUGAAGCAUCAGAAUCUUCGACCAGAUUUUCCUUUGUGAGCGCCGAGUUUGAACUGGCGUCCUCUCGUGAGCAAGCGGGCGUGUUAGUUCAUGAAAGCGCAGUUUGGGUGCUGAUUGGCCACCCUGCCGAAGACACAAACCGCCUGCAUGUCAAGUUUGGUACAAUGUUGCCGCAUUCCGCCCCAGCGCCCGCACAUCUGGCUGCGCGAGGUGUUCGGUUUCACUACGUGCCCGAAGCAUCCUUUGAUAUUUCUGGCGAAGCUCCUCACCUUGCAUCAAAGGAGCCUCUGCAACCCUCACUUGCUGUCACCAAGGAAGCCCCACUUCUUCGUUCGCAAAGCUCGUCAUCAGCGAGCGUUCGGUUUGGCCGGCACGAUCUAUUCCGCUCUGUGAGCGACACCAGCAACGCCUCGAACGCCAUGUUUGUGCCGUCCGCAGAGCAAACACUGCGUGUGCCCAUUGUGGACGCUGCUCAAAUCCAGCUGGUCGUGGAUGCCCGCGAAAUGUUCAGUUCCAACGGAGAAAUCAGCCCCGUCUACGAGCUUCUUGCGCAGCUUGACGGCCCGCCCAUCACCCGACCCCUUCCAGUGGGUGAUUUUGUCUGGAUUGCAACUGUGAACGGCAAGGAAUACUUGUUGGACUAUAUCUGUGAGCGAAAACGGAUGGAUGACUUGGAGCACAGCAUUCUGGAUCGCCGAUUUCGCGAACAGAAGUUUCGACUGCUGUCAUGCGGGGUAUCGAACGUCGUCUACAUUGUUGAAGAGUUGAUGAACUUUGAAGCGCAGGCGUUGUCUGCGUCGGCGCUUCGCCAAGCAAUGGCCAACACGCAGGUACAUUGCGGGUUUAAGCUCCAAUUGUCCAAGACGCCACUGGCCACGAACAAGGAUUUGUGCGUGCUUCGCCCGGGCGCGUUGCAAGCUUUGGCUGCCCUGACGCCCGAGUCGCAACGCAAUUCUUCCGCUCGCACUCUGCCACUGCUGCCGCCAGAGUACCAUCUGAGCUACGAAGACUUUACCGCGCAGUCGGAGAAGAAUGGUCAGCGCACGCUCAAAGAUCUGACGGCGGCUCAACUCCUCCAAAUCAAAGGACUGACCUCCGAGAAGCUGAAAGAAAUCAUCAAUGUCUAUGGCUGUCUUCGUCAACUCCGUCGGCACCCUGCAACGCCUGGCUGACAUCAAAUUCGGUCGUGUCGUACAAUGCAAGCCACUUGGAAUGCCGCUUGCCAAAGCCAUCGCUACUGCAAUUGCCCCUCAAUUGUUCCCUUCAUGAAUCGCCACCCCAAUAUAAAAUAAAUCAAACCCCUCCUGAC